AUGCUCUUCCUGUUCCUCUUCUUGUUUGGUCUGGCUCUGGGGACCGAGUCUCCUUCAAGUGACCGUCCAGUGGAGUUACGGCGUGGUCACUGUCCCCCGUUCUGGUUCAGCUUCAACGGCCGCUGCUACAAGUACGUCUCCACAGAUAAGACCUGGUCUGAAGCAGAGCUCCACUGUGUGUCAGAAAGGGCCAAUCUGGUUUCUAUCCACAGUCAGGAAGAACAGGACUUUGUCAAAUUCCUGAUCAAGAACUCUGACCAUGCUGAGGGACAUACCUGGAUCGGACUCAGUGACCACCACAAGGAAGGCAGAUGGAUGUGGUCUGAUGGCUCUGCAGUCAACUUUGUCUUUUGGAAUCCACGAGAGCCAAACAACCAGGGAGGACACGAGAACUGUGUUCACAACAACUUUGAUACUGGAAUGAAAUGGAAUGACGGCAGGUGUUCUGACGUUCAUCCGUCUGUUUGUGCUUUUCGGAAAGACUGUCACUAG